UUUGUAAUUGCAGGAGAAAAGGAAAUUUACAAUGGGACCUUUAAAUAGAAUCUCUUUGGUUUAGGACGCAUAUCUCUCGAAACACGAAUUGUAACAUCAAUGAAUAUUGCAAAAUGACUCAGGAGGAUAUCAUAGCCGAUGAACAACGGAAUAUGGAUGAGCUUCGGAGGAGGUUAAAACCGAAAAUGAGUGAAGAAAUGUAUGCUGAUGAUGAUAUGUUUAUUCGUUUCUUAAGAGCUCGAGGCUACAAUUUGGAUGCUGCAGAAGAAAUGCUGACGAAGCAUCUUCAAUGGAGAAAAUAUUCAAAUGUUGGAAAUAUAUUAAAGGAGUACGAAGCCCCAGAGGUUUUGGAAAAAUACCUCUCUCUAAAUUUCAUGGGAUAUGAUAAAGAUGGUUAUCCAACAAGCUAUUGUGCAUUUGGAAAUAUUGAUGUUAAAGGCUUAGCGAAAUGCAUAAAGAAGUCUGAGAUAACCAAGUACAUGAUGCACCAUCUUGAGAAAAAUUCACGCAGAUUGCAUACUCAAAGCGAAAAGCUUGGGAAAAAAAUUGACAAAUGGAACUACGUAAUAAAUUUCGAAAAUUUCUCUCUCGCCAGUGCAACUGAUAAAAAAGCCAUUGAUGUACUCAUAACUUUAGUCAAAAUGUACGAUGCGAAUUACCCGGAGAGAUUAAAGACAGGAUAUUUGAUCAACGCUUCAUUUUAUUUCACCAUUAUAUGGUCUGUUAUAAAACCAUUCCUGUCAGCUGAAACAAAUAGGAAAAUCAAAAUAUUUGGAAAAGAAGGUUGGCAAGAAGAACUCAAAAGAGAUAUUGGAGUUGAUCAUUUACCAAAAUUUUUGGGAGGAAAUGCAUCGGAUACACAUAUCAAACAUGGUGGCACAAUACCUCCAAAAUAUUAUGUGCACAGGGAUCGCAAGAGUUUUUCGAAACUCCCUGGAGUGAAAAGAUUAGUGGUAAACCGACGAUCAAAGGAAAAUAUUAAGCUUGAAGUUCAGCAGCCUGGUUUAAACAUCGAAUGGGAUUUCGACGUAAAAAACAGGGAUAUUGGCUUUUCUUUGAUAUACGAAGAUCCAGAAAAGAAACCAGAAGAUGGAGAAGAGAUUGUACCGAAGCAAAGAGUAGACACAAUAAUCCAAUCAGAAUCAGGACUAGUUAAAUGUGAGAAGCCAGGCACAUAUAUUCUGCAAUUUGAUAAUAGCUUCAGUUGGAUGCAUAACAAAAUUAUAUACUACUAUGCCAGUGUGGUGAAUCCAAAUGAUGUGAUUAACGAAGAGGAAGAUUAGUACAAUCAAUAACAAAUUGUGCCUUCCUUCACUUCAUCUUCCAGCUUUCUUCACACACAAAAAAAAACAAGAUCAAAUGAAAUUCUAACAAAAUGUGAAACAGGAAAUCUGAUUGCGAUUUUCACUUAUUUUACUUUUAUGAAUCCCAUUUACUUUACUUCAUUGUGACAAUUGCAAAUUUAUUACACUUGAUUUUACGAUUGCAUAGCUAAAAAAUUAUAUUUUUAUUACAUUCAUUGCAUCCAAGUUCCAUCUUAUCCAUUCAUUUACAGAAAAUUUGUAAAUUAUU